AUGUACAACAGAGGGCUGAGUGUGAUAAGCCCUGACAAGAGAGCAAAACCUGGUAUUUCUGGGAAGGUGUGCUGGAACAGCAUCAUGGGCAGGCUUAGCUGGUGGUCUGUGUUGGCAUCUGGCUCAGCCCCACCCAGUAGUGGAAGUGGACAGGACAACAGUAUAGACUCUACUUCUUCUCUCAGAGAAAACAACAAGCUAGAAGGUCAGGAAUCCAGACAAGGCAAGGGAGAGGACAGUGAUGUCCUGAGCAUCAACGCAGACGCCUACGACAGCGACAUUGAAGGCCCCUGCAAUGAAGAAGAGGGCCCAGAGGUGCAGGAGAGCACUGCCAGAAGUGGAGCCGGUCAGAUAGAUGACCUUCAGAAGGACAUUGAGAAAAGUGUGAAUGAGAUACUGGGGCUGGCAGAGUCCAGCCCCAAGGAGCCCAAAGCAGCCACCUUAGCUGUUCCUCCAUCGGAAGACAUUCAGCCAUCAGCACAGCAGCUGGAGCUUCUGGAGCUUGAGAUGAGGGCCAGAGCUAUUAAAGCUCUGAUGAAAGCUGGUGAUGUAAAAAAGCAGCCCUGA